CUCUUGGAACUUCCCCUUCCUUGUCCUCUUGCCUUUACCGCCCUCCGUCUUCCCCUCGGUUCUGUCUCUCCAUUUGGGUUGGCUUUGUUGGGAGUUAUUGAAUUGUUGGAUUUGUGGUUUGGAUUCUGUGAUUCGGGACGCAAUAGCAAUUUAAUUGAAAAUUUAGGGUGAGGGCAUCUCAUUUCUCAGGUUAAUUUUGGGGAACGAGAAAUUAGUGAAAGAGCAAAGGAGCAUGGCGGAGAGGCAAGCGCUGGAGCAGCAACAACAGCGACUACUAGAGCCAGCAAGAGAAGACAUGCUUGAUUGCGUUAUGCACUUAGAAAACGCUUUGCUUCCUUGCUUGCCCGCCAGGGAGCUCCAAGCCAUUGAUCGCUCUCCUCACCCUUCUCAUCAGAUUGAUGUUGAAAGGCAUGCCAGAGAUUUCAUGGAGGCUGCCAAGAAACUUCAACUUUAUUUUAUUGGUCUCCAACGUGAAGAUCAACCAACUGUGGCUGAAACACUGAGAAAGGAGAUUGCUGUGAUGGAAGAAGAGUUGAAGAUAAAGGAUGGGAUUAUUAAGAAGCAAGAGAGACUGAUCCAAGGAUGGAGGAAGGAGUUGAAAGACCAACUGGAUAAACACAAAACUGAAUUGGAGAGGGUGUAAUGAGAGAGCAAUAAAUAAGCCUAUAAUCUAAGAAUUACUUUGACAGACCUAGGCCAACAACAUUUAUUUGGUAUUUGCUUUUGGGAUUCUUUUUUGUGCCGCGUGUACACUUGAAUCUAGAAUGUAAAAUUGAUGUGGAUCAUGCAUUUGCAUGCGCCAAUCUUAAGCAAUCGGUUUAUGAUUUUAAUGACAGAA